AUGCAUUCGCUCUAUUCAUUGAGACAAUCCAACAACAGGCGAACCGUUCAUGAGACACAAGAUGUGGCGGAUACUGGGAUUGCAGUGACAGUUCUUCCUGCUCCUCUUCAAAGCUUUCCCACAUCUCGGAGCCAACUAACAUUGAAUCAGAAUAACCCUCAAGCGCCAUUACCGCAGUCAACUUUCUCUAAUAUCGAUAACACUAAAGAUGAUCUUUCCCUACCCCAGCUAAGACGAAUAGUAGCGGAAAUUCCAAAGACAGAGGCCAUACCAUACGCAUUUACCUAUGCCGAUACUGCUUCUUUUGAGGAUGAGAUUAAUGAAUGGUUUUCAUAUAGUGAUGCCGAGUACAAGCGCUUAAUUCAUGCGAAAGAUAUUUUUCAAGCAAGAUGGAAAAAGUUCGGAAGUAAGCCAUGGACACUUAGCGAAAAAUCUGUGUGUGAACAAUUCGUCAAAAAGGAAAUUUCUGAGCUUCAAACAUCAAGCUCAAACAAGAGAUGGAAAAGUCUUCAGACAAUAUUGCAUGUAGUCCUAGGAGUUUGGGAUGUAAUGGCAUGUAUAGAUGCGAAGAAUAAUCCUAGGGCUUCUCUUUUGAAAGCCUCAUCGAAGCAGGUUAGUCAAAUGAAAUUUGGGCUGAAUCUUGUGGUUAUGGCCGGGGGAAUCCCUAUCCUUUUUAACAUCUUGCAAAAUGUGUUCCAAAUACGGAAGAAUAUUAGCUUUCAGGACUCGGCCUUCUCAACAGAAAAGUUACCUUACAUUCAAAAUGAGCUCAACGCUAUCACAUCUAUAUUUUAUCUAAUCAUUGAGGAAAUUAGAUAUGAUAACACUGGUCUUGCUACUGCUCGGAAAGAUCUAUUUAAAUCUUCUCCCAACCUUGUGAGCUAUUUAAUAGAUGUUACAGCAAGUUUAAGGUGGGAUGAGGCUAGUAUUUUGCCGCAAAAGAAAGUUUUUUUACUAUUAUGGAAGUCUAUAUUACUGACUCUGGGUGGAACUGCUGAACUUAAUAAUGUGAAAAAAGAAACUAAUGAGGAUAAGAAUUCUGGUGAUAAGGGUGAAAAAUUAAUUACAGCAUCACCUCUCGACUAUCAUAUUUUUCGUCAGGAAAUAAUAUCCAAGUAUCCCGCUUACAUCCCUCCACAACCUCUCAUUCCCUUGGAACCAGAAAAUAAUUCGAUUCUCCCACCACUAUUUAGUAGACCGCAGAUCGCAAAUCGGACUAAUGCUGGCAUCAUAACUUCGGCCAUAGAUGUCAAUAGCAGCGGGGCUUCUAUUCUUCAUCAACCUGUGCACAUUGCGACACCGGCUCCAUCCCCACCACCAUCUCCUCCCGUGGGUGGCAAAGCUGGUAAAAAACAGAAUUAUCAGACAAAUCAAAAUUUCCCGUUUAUCUAUCCACCAUUAGACAGCUCAAGUAGCAGUGCAGGUGGUAAGGGUCUAGCUGGUCUCCAAGAGCUAAUUGUUGGUCGUAAAUGGAAAGGUAGCGACAUUCCAAAAUCAAUUCUUGAAGCUGGUGAUUUAUUUUCAAAGCGAAUGCGUAUGAGCAGGUCCAUGCGUCAGUUAUGGGACGAGAGGGAAAAAUUCAUUAAAUCAGAAAGGGGAUGGGAUGACGAAGAAGAUCCAUUUGACUUCGGAGACUCUGAUCCUGAAACUAUUAUGAAAAAUAGAAUAUCAAAACUCUUAUCUAAACCUGAUCAGCCAAAUAUAGAUCAUGGGACAAAUAAUUGUUUAAGUGACGACUCUAAACAAAAGCUAGGGCUUGUGGAAGAUAUUUACAAAAACUCACUACCUCACCUUCAGUCGCUGGUCAUAGUACUGCUGAGAGCUAUGCAAGAAAAUAUCAAUUUAAUGGGGCAAUAUGAAGAACAAAGUCAGGGGUCUAGAGAUGCCAACCCUCGUCGCAAUACUUCUCAUGGGCAACAGAGAGUACAAGAACCGUUAAAUGCUUCAUUGCCGUAUGCUUGGUCAUCUAACAUCCAAAACGAAGAAUUAGUAGCCCCUAGGACACGAGAAAUAAUUUCUAAAGCGGUAUCUGCUAUAAUUCUUUUGCUUCUCAAGUGGUUUAAAAUCUCUCAUAUUCUAAAGUUUGAAUAUUUCACACAGCUACUUCUAGACUCCAAUUACUUAGCCCUGACGUUAAAAUCAAUUGCACACCAAGAAAUUGAAAAAGUCGUAAAUAUUAUGACUGAUCGCGAUGAGAAAAGUUUUUUUGCCUUUUGUAAUUCAAAUAGUGAUUACUCAUCAUUUGAUGGAGAGCAGACCACAAAAUGUAUGCCUGAAGAUAAUAUUGAUGACGCUGUUCCACCCCCAAUAAAGUUACGACGAGAUACCAUCUCUCCUUUUGAAACGCAAAAUGGUGUGCCAAGUUGUUCAUCUGAAGAGGAAUACUCUACUCGCACCCAUCCCAUACUAGUAACUGAUGAUGUGAGCAACUCGAACAAGGUUUCUGCUGAUAAAAUAAUUUAUGAAUUCUCGUGGCGUAAUUUUUUCUCUCUCAUCAACCUACUCCGUAUCAUGCAGAAAGUUUGCAAAAAUAAAACUCACAGAAAUUUGUUACUGGUACAGUAUAAGUCCUCAAAUAUUCUCAAGAGGGUUCUCAAGAUUUCUCAACCAUGCUUGCGUCUCUACACUUUGAAACUUUUUAAGAACCAAGUACCUUAUUGUGGCCGGAGGUGGCGUCAAGGGAAUAUGCGUGUUAUAACGGCUGUUUAUCUACACUGUCGACCCGAACUGCGCGAUGAUUGGCUGGCUGGCGGAAAUAUAAGUACAGAUGUAGAUGAAGCUCUACCUCUUGAGCAGGCUCUACGUGCGUUGACUCACUGGCACAAUAUUAAGCGUUACCCAAGUGAAAUGGGAAUAAAUCCCACCAUUAUUACAAAAGAAAAUGACUUCUUUCUGAACGAACUCGAAAAAAUGGAGAUACAGGACGAGUCUAUUUACGAUGGCGAGGGUAUUGUUGACAGUGGUUGGGAAAAUGUUGGUAAUGCUGGCUGGUGA